AUGGCAGACUCAUCAAAGGUGCUGGAGACGAUGGCCUCGCAGCUCUCCGCAGUGGCUGCUGGCCUAGAGGCAUUACGAGUGCAAGGGGCGGCUCAGACGGCCGCAAACGCCGAGACGGCCGACAAGCUCGAGGAGAUGCAGCGGCGCAUCUCACAGCAUGAUGCCCUGCUCACAGGUGAUGGCCCUUCGGUGCUCUCCACAGCAGCGCCAGUGGCUCGACCCCAGGAUUGGGAGAUCCGAAUCCACGGAGAUGCAGGCCCCACACAGUCGGUGACCAGAGAGGAGUGCGCGGCAAUGAUCACGGAGGCCCUGCAGACGAAGGUGGGCCCCGCUCUCCAGGCAGCAUUCUCACAGGUCGGUGCCGAGCUUGUCCAACACGCCGAGAAGAUUAACACCCUGGAACACGAGGUACGCAUGCUAAAAAUCAGAACGGCGUGGACGGAGAAGGACCUGCUGUACUCACAGAUAGAGGAUGCAAAGAGAACCCUUGUGCUGAGAAAUUUCCCAGACUGGACCACAGCAGCAGACCGUGAGCUCACAGUGGCAGAAGCUCUAAAGGAGAACAAUCUCGGUUACUUGGAGUGGGGCCUCACAACCACGACCUUGGAGGGCACGGAUGGCAAGAAGUUUUUGGCUCCGAUUUCCAUCCUCACAGUCCCGACCUAUGCCGCUAGAAAGAAGGUCAUGGAGGUUUGCUCCCGCGCUGUGGUUCGCUACUGGCACGAGGUGAAGGACGAGGGUCGGACGAGGCGAAGACCGACUCGACUGCAGACGGCAAGAACACGCCUGGAGGUUUCAGCUCGGCCCCUAAGACCAAAGAGGCAGAAAACGAAACACAGACCUCACAGCCCUCACAGAAAGUCUGGGAGAUCAAGACCUGGCACUGGAACCUUCCCAUCAAGAUGGCGCCAGGAAUCACCCAAUUCGAAAGGCGUCUCGGUGCUCCUUUGCACGGAUUAA